GGGUCCCAUUUGAUUGGAAGGCGGCAAAGGCUUUAAUCUCGGACUAAUUCAGCUGCUUUUGAAGCGAACAUUUCUACCAGUUCGUACUUGAGGAGUAUAGCGCGCAGAGCUGCACACAGACACACACAGCGCGAAGCUCAUGGUGCAAGACGCAGACACGGAUCUGCGAUAACCUCGCAUCUUCCAUUACACAGCCUUUCUUCCUCGCUAUUCGGAUUACAUUUCACGAUUUUCAACCUUUUCUGAAAGGAGAGAUUGCCUUUUUUUUAAUUUUCUUUCUUAAUGAAUCUGAUGAAAGAAUUGCCGUUUAAUACCCCGCGCAUUGGGACAUGAUCACAUCGCCUUCAGUGUCUGCCCUGAAAAAUAGUCGUAUUUCUUUAGCCUGGGAGAGCGGUCUCUUACGGAAUAGUAGCUCUUCGGGUAUUAAGAAGCCCUUUCUCCACUCCGUACCAGCGGCUGAUCCAUCACGGCAAGCUAGGCGACUUCCCAUCAAGGUUUUGAAAAUGCUUACCGCCCGGUCUGGACACAUUCUGCACCCAGAGUAUCUGCAGCCUUUGCCUUCCACUCCGGUUAGCCCCAUUGAGCUGGAUGCCAAGAAAAGCCCGUUGGCGCUGCUGGCGCAGACCUGCUCUCAGAUCGGCAAACCGGACCCUCCGCCCUCGUCCAAACUAUCCUCUGUGACAUCGAAUGGAUCUAGUGACAAGGAAUCUAAAUCUGGGCCUUUGAAACUGAGUGACAUCGGUGUGGAUGACAAAUCUAGCUUCAAACCGUACUCCAAACCCUCUGAUAAGAAGGACUCAAACGGCUCCGGCGGAGACAAGUCUGGUUUCCGAGUGCCGAGCGCCACCUGCCAGCCGUUCACGCCAAGGACAGGCAGCCCCAACUCGAGCACGUCCGCGUCUCCCAUGCCGUCAGAGGGAAAGUGUGGAGACCGGGAUGACAAAAAGGACUCAGACUGUAACAAUAAAAACGACUCGACAGACGGCCGAGGAUCCACGGGCCACAGCCGGAUAAGCGUGAGCUGUGGUGGAAUUAACGUGGAGGUGAACCAGCACCAGGACAGCUGCGCGGCCGGCUCCAAGACCUCUUGCUCGGACUCAUCUUCUGUAACUUCCGUGUCCUCCGCAUCGGUUCUCGGCUCGGGACUCGUGGCACCGGUUUCUCCGUACAAGCCGGGACAGACUGUUUUCCCAUUGCCCCCAGCCGGUAUGUCUUACCACGGGAGUUUGGCGGGCGCGUACGCCGGUUAUCCGCAGCACUUCCUCCCGCACGGUGGGAGUCUGGUGAACGCGCAGCUCAGCUCACUGGGCUGCAGUAAGGCUGGAUCUAGCCCCAUGGCCGGGGCCUCUCCCCCGUCAAUCAUGUCUGCGAGCCUGUGCAGAGACCCUUACUGCCUCAGCUACCAUUGUGCCAGUCACCUCGCGGGCGCAGCGAGUGCGUCCUGCACGCACGAAUCUGCAGCAGCCGCAGCGGCUGCAGCGAACGUCCUGAAGUCCGGCUACCCGCUCAUGUAUCCAACGCACCCCCUGCACGGGGUCCACUCCUCGGCGCCCUCGUUCAGUGGACAUCCACUGUACCCGUACGGGUUCAUGCUGCCCAACGACCCUCUCCCCCACGUCUGUAACUGGGUGUCGGCCAACGGGCCCUGUGACAAGCGGUUCUCCAGCUCAGAGGAGCUCCUGAACCACCUGAGGACACACACGGCUUUCACGGGAGCCGAGAAGUUGAUGUCUGGCUACCCCAGCUCUUCGUCUUUGGCCAGUGCCGCCGCGGCGGCGAUGGCUUGCCAUAUGCACAUGCCCCAGUCGGGAGGGCCUGGGAGCCCGGGGACGCUGUCCCUCCGGAGCCCACAUCACACGUUGGGACUCAGUGGUCGUUACCACCCGUACUCCAAAAGCCCUCUGCCCCAGCCGGGGGGCCCUGUCCCCGUGCCGGCAGCCACUGGCCCCUACUACUCUCCCUAUGCACUGUACGGCCAGAGACUGACAACAGCAUCAGCGCUUGGAUACCAGUGAGAGACACAGAGAGAGAGAAAGAGAAGAGACUUUAAAAAGAGUUUAUAGUUCUAAAAAAAAAAUGAAAAUAAAGACGUUUAUGACAGCGUUCCACACAAGGACGGGAUCCGUGGACUCAACUGUAUUUAUUUAUGUCGGCUUAAAAGCAGACGGUAAUAGCUGCAAAUGGAACAUAUUUGAGCAACUGAAAAAAGUGCAUUAUGUUUAAAUUGAACUCUAUAGAUAAUGUGAAAACACAUGUUAGAGUACUAAUAAAGUAGGGUUCAUCAUUUCAAUGUUAAUUUGCAAUUGCUAUGAUUGUAUUGUUCUUAUUUAAUGCCUCAUGAGAGGAAAAUAAUUGACAUGCAUGUUUGUUUCUUAAAUUCCAAACUGUCCACUUAAUUUUAAAUUGCCAUUAUUUUUCAGGUGUAUACCAUGGAGAGAGAAAUGGUAUUUUUUUGUAUGUAUUCUGGAAAAAAAAUAAGAAACAACUAUGUUCCAUAUG